ACCACCACCACCACCAUCAUGAAGACCUGGCACGGCUGCGACAAUGCCGCGGCGCCCCAAGUCCCUCGACGCCCUCAGCCUUGUCGCCGUGCCCUGUCGGCUGUAUUUGUCACACUCGUAUGCCUCGCUGCAUUGGAUACCAUCUUUUCCCCCGGUCCCAGGACAUGGCAUGCCCACAAAAAGCCGGUUUCGCAUCAUGCUGCUUUCGCAUGGGAAAAGAUCUCGCCGAGUGACGACUUGGAGUUUCACAAAUGCUUUGACGGCUUUGAAUGCGCAAAAUUAAAGUUGCCACUCGAUUACUUCAACGGCGUGUAUCCUAAUCAUACCGUCAGCAUUGCUCUCGCUAAACUACCCGCCGUCGUGCCAGUAGAGGAUCCACGCUAUGGCGGACCUGUCCUCAUAAAUCCCGGUGGACCAGGAGGACCGGGCGCAGCAUUUGCGCUCACUGCAGCAGCCUCACUCCAACAGCUUGUUGACUCUGACGACCCUCCUAGCAUUGCGUCUGCCGAUGCAAGGUACUUUGAUAUCAUUGGUUUUGAUCCCCGUGGUAUUGGCUGGACGGAGCCGGCUGCCCAGUGCAUGCCAGACGUGCCUUCAGCGUGGUCUUGGACUUUGAGAGAAGACAACGAAGGCCUGCUUGGAAGCUCAGAUGCUGCUCUUGGAAGGCUUUGGUCUAUGACGCAUGCCUUUGGCGCAUCCUGCAAACUUGCCGAGGAACAGCACCAUGGCCCUGACAUUAAGCAGUUCAUGUCCACGGCAUUUGUUGCCCGCGAUAUGCUGGAGAUUACCGAGCGACAUGCCGAAUACGUGGCAAAGGAGGUGGCUCGAAUUGUUGCCAAAAAAUCGGGCAAGCAGCCUGGAUGCCAUAGCACAGGAUAUGUCCCAGGGGAAAGCAAGCUGCAGUACUGGGGCUUCUCCUAUGGAACCUAUCUCGGGUCGACUUUUGCCUCCAUGUUCCCAGAUCGUGUAGGACGCUUGAUCCUUGACGGAGUUGUGAGCGCAUACGACUACAACCACGGCCUUGGAAACGGGAGUCUUGUAGAUGCCGAGAAGGCCCUAUCGUCCUUUUACACCUUCUGCCACAACUCAGGUCCCGAGGGGUGCGCACUAGCGUCGUCGAAUUCUACUGUCACCGAUAUCAAAGAGCGAUUCUGGAGAAUCAUAGACUCCCUCUACCAUGAUCCGUUUCCGGUCAUCUCGCUCGAUGGCCCGGACUUUAUCACAUGGUCCGAUGUCAAAAUGUUGAUUUUUACCUCGGUCUAUUUCCCCCAAUUGACGUUCCCGUUGGUCGCUGGAGUUCUUGCCGAUGUCCAAGCAGGAGGCGGCAGUAUCAUCGACCAGAUUGUUCAGCAGUAUCGCAAUGGCCAUGUAUAUUCAUGUCCUAUCAACGGCUCUGCAGAGCCUAGUGAGCCGGCGUGGUCUGUUGUGCCUACAAUGUCCGUCUUAUGCAGCGACGGCGUGGACCGGAGAGAUGUCACUAGAGAUGAAUUCGCAGAGUACUGGCACAUUGUCGAUUCGGUAUCACCCACGUUCGGUUCGUACUGGUCAAUGCUACUGAUGCGCUGCUCCGCCUGGAAGAUCCGCGCUACCCACAGGUUUAAAGGCUCAUUUGGUGCCAACACUUCCCACCCUAUCCUAUUUAUUUCCAACACCGCCGACCCCGUCACUCCGCUACAAAGCGGCCGCCAAAUGAGCAGUCUUUUCCCCGGCAGCAGUCUUUUAGUAAGCGACCACGCGGGCCACUGCACCCUCUCUGGGGUCAACACCUGUUUAUUGGAACACACAAAGGCGUAUUUUCAGACUGGACAAUUGCCGUCCCCUGGUACAGUGUGCGUGCCUCCGCCGAGCCCCUUUUCACUCAACUCUACCAACCCAGACUCGCCUUUCUACGACCCUUCGCUGGACAAUGCGAAUGUAGUGGCGCUCAGGACAGACGAUAUGGAUGCCAGGCAGCGCCGUCUUCAUGACGCCGGCGUCAGACUGAUGGACAGCGCCGUUGAGAGCGGUAUCCUGGUUAUGAACAUGCAUGGGAGUCAGAAGAUGAAGCGCGUAAUGCACAGUGCCAUGUUAGGGUGAUGUAAUUUCAUAUUGAACAACAAUCUGUCCUUGAAUACACUAGCCAUUGUGGACAAGACUCGAG